AUGAUGAAUGAUCUCUUGUUACCUUUUAAAGGAGAUAGUAAAACUAGUAAAAAAAGAAAAAAAAAAAAAGUUGAUAUUAAAAGUAAAAAGGGAUAUAAAUUGUAUUUAUUACUCUUAAUGAAUAGGAAAAGGAAAUAUGAAUAUUAUAAUGUAUAUGUGUAUGAUAUAAUUAGUUUAGAUAAGAAAAAAAAUAAUAAUAAUAAAAUACAAGAAAGAUAUUUAUUAUCAUUAGAGAAAAUGAAAGAAAAUAUCUUAAAAAAUAAAAGAAAAAUAAAAGAAUAUAAAAUAAAAAAAAAAUAUAUUCCAACAAAUAAUAUUGUAAGGAAAUAUAUUAAUAAAUAUCCAUAUUAUUAUAUAAAAAAAUAUUAUAAGAAUUAUGAUUAUGAAGUCUUAUUAACAUUGUUCAAUAUUCAACAUGCAUUAUACAUAUUUUUAUCACAUAUAUUAAAAUAUUAUAAUAUGUAUCACAUUAAUGAGAAGAAACAAGUUGAUGAAAACGAAAAAAAAAAAAAAAAAAAAAAUGAACAAGAAAAAAUAAUUUUAUCAUCUAGUAGCAAGGUUUAUAAAAAUCAUAAAUUAUUUCUAGGGGUACAAAAAAAAUUAUAUAAUAAUUAUUUUUAUGAUAAUAAUUUGAUGAUACCAUAUUAUGCAGAUAUAAAAUUUAGAAAUAAUAUAUGUUCUGUGAAUCCUAAUAAUAAUAAUAUUAUUAUUAUAAUAAAAUUAAAUAAAUUGUUUGAUGAUAUAAAUGUUAUUAAAUAUAAGUGUCUUUUUUUUUAUGAUAACAAAAAGUCUUAUUAUGAGAUCCUAAACCAUAAGGAGACGAGCAAAAAUAAAAAAAAAAAAAAAAUAAAAAAUAAUAAUAAUAAUAAAAAAAAAAAAUAUAUAUAUUUAUAUAUAUAUAAUUAUAUUAAAAAUGUGCCGUUUUAUAUAUAUGAUAAAAUAAAAAGAAGAGAUCCGAAUAUGAUCCUUAAUAAUUUUUUGUAUUUGUCUCUAUAUGCAAGGAAAUAUUUUCCUCAUAAAAAUACUUAUUUCAGUAAGGAAAAAAAUAAUAAUAAUAUAAUAAUAAAUUAUAUUAGCAUAAAUAAUGAACACAACUGUGAUGAUGAUUUUAUAUUUUAUAAAAACUUUUAUGAUAAUAAUAAUAAUUUGUUAUAUAAAAGUAAAACGUGUAAAAUGAAAUAUCGUAAUUAUAUAAAUAGUGUAGUCACACAGAAAAAGUUCAGAAUGGUGCAAAAAAAACUCAUAUCAAAAGGAUGUAAUAAUAAAAUGAUAAAAAUGAAGGGAAAAGAUAUAACCUCAUUCUUUGAUAAAGUAUAUUUUUAUUUAUAUAAUAAAGAUACAUAUAUAAAUAUUAAUAAAAAUAUUUAUUAUAUACUUCAAUUUUUAUCUAAAGAUUAUAUAUUUUUUUAUGGAAUAGUAAGAGCUCUAUCUUCUUGUAAUUAUAAAUAUUAUAUUCAUAUUUAUAAAAAGGAAAAUAUCUCAAACAUAUUUUUAUUCAACAAAGAUAAUGAUAUAUUCAAUAUGUAUGAUAUAUAUAAUGUGAAUUAUAUUUUUGAAGUUUAUAAAAAUAUUUAUCCUUUUAUCAAUCUGUCUAAUAAAUAUUUGACUUGUUUUUUGAAUGAACAAAGGAUAAUCUUUCCUUUACAUAAUAUAAAGUUAUUCUUACAACAAGAAAUUAUUAAUAAAAAAGUUUAUAUAUCAUCGAGUUUAUAUGAUAUAUUAUAUAAAAAUUUGAUACGUGCUAAAAAUAUUUUUUCUUUAGUUCACAAGAAUAAGGAUGAGAAUAAAAAAAGAAAAAAAAAUGAGCAGAAUUUUGUAAGGAAAUAUAAUAAAAAUGAGGCAACAAUGGGGUGUAAUAAUAUGUGUGAUGAUAAUAUGUGUGAUAAUAAUAUAUGUGAUAAUAAUAUGUGUGAUAAUAAUAUGUGUGAUAAUAAUAUAUAUCAUAAUUAUACUUGUGAUAAUUAUACGUGUGAUAAUAAUAUAUAUCAUAAUUAUACUUGUAAUAAUUCUGUCAAUUAUCAUGAUGAAGAUACAUUUAGCAAGGCAUGUAAAACAAAAAAAAGAAAGAAAACGAAUUAUAUAGGAUAUAGCUCAUGCGACGAAGAGGAAUGUCUUAUUUCUGAAGAGAAAAAAAGAGUGACAAGAAUUUGUCCAUAUAUAACUUAUAUGAAUGAUAGAAUUAUGAACUGCUACAUGUCAGAAGCAAUUUUUGAAAAGAAAACUCUAGAAAUGGAAUUAUCUAUUUUAAACAAGGGUGAGAAAAAAAGGAAAAGUAUUAUAAGAAAUGACAAAGAAGAUGGUAUUGUAAUAAAUACACAAAAUAAUGAAGAGAAUAUAUUGAAUGAAAGUCUUAGAAAUAAUAAGAACAAAAAAAAUAGCAAUAAUAAUGAUAGAAUUUUUGAUGAUGAUAUGUCAAGUGACCUAUGCAAUAAAGAAGAUAUACAAAACAUUUGUACAAAUAAAGAAAAGAAAGUUUUAAUGAAAAAAACAAUGGAAGGAGUAUUAUGUGAUGAGUUGCCACAAGAUUGUAUAGAUAAUAUGUUAAGAACUACAUGCAGUAUAAGUAUUCCAGGGUUAUAUGAAAAAGAAAUUAAAGAUGAUUCUAGAGAGAAUAUGAUUACUAGAUCGAAUAUAUAUAAUGAAAAUAAAAUUAAUAACAAAUCUUAUAAUAAAAAUGAAUAUGAUGAUAAUUUGUAUGAUGAUAAUUUGUAUGAUGAUAAUUUGUAUGAUGAUAGUUUGUAUGAUUAUAAUUCAUAUGAUGAAAAUACAUUAUAUGAGAAUAAUUGUAAUGAUAAUUAUAUUAAUAGUUCUAAUAAUCAUGAUAACUCGGUUGAUGACACUUCACAUGGUAUCUCAGAAAAUGAUAAUAAUAUGAAUGAUAUGAAUAAUAUGAAUGAUAUGAAUAAUAUGAAUAAUAUGAAUGAUAUAAAUAAUAUGCAUAAUAUAAAUAGUGAUAAUGUCAAUUACAAUUGUAUAGUGAGAGAUGAAGAGGAUUUGACAAAAAAAUGUAAUAAGUCCAUUGAAAAUGAUAGUAAUAUAAAACAUGGUAAUAAUAAAUGUAAUAAAAAUAUUCAUUGUGAUAAAAAGAAUAACAUUUUUGAAGAAUGUUGUAAAGAGAAAAUAAAUAGUGGUGAAUUAGAAGUAGAAGUGAUGGAGAGACAUAGUAAUAUAUUAAUUAAUAGAGGUAUAAAAACGAAAAAAUGUGUAGAUUAUUCUUUAUAUAAUACAUAUGCAAAAUCCUCAUUUUUACAAUGUGCUGAACAAGCAGAUAAUCAUUUUAUAGGUAAUUAUUUAGAUAGAUAUAGUGAUGAGAAUUAUUAUCAUUUAAGACAAAAGAUAAAACUAUGUUUAUUAAGAACUUUUUCUAAUUUAAAGACAACAAGAGAAACAUGUGUUUUACAUUUUACUAAUUUAAUUUUUGAUUUAUAUAUAAGUCGAUUUAAUUCUAAAGAAGAAAUAAUUGAAAGUAUAAUUGAUGAUAUAGUAACUGAAGAAAAACAAUUUUCUGAUGUUAUGAUUCAAUUAUUAAAAGAAUAUUAUCCAAAAAUAUAUAAUGAUUUUAUAUAUAAAGAACAAUUAAAAAAUAAAUAUAAAAUUUUAUAUCAAGAAUUAAAAGAUUCAUGUGAUUUAAUAUAUCAUUUUAUAGCUAUUAUUUGUUUAUUCAUAUCUCAAAAAUAUUAUAAUUAUAGAUUAAUAUCUAUAGAUUUAAUAGCUAGAACAUAUUGUAAAAGUCAUUUAGAAGGGUUAAAAAAAGUAUAUUCAUAUGAUAAUGUAUUAAUUAAAGAUGCAUCUCCAGAUUAUUAUUCAGCUACACAAUAUUUAGAUAAAACAUUUUCAUCAUAUAGUGUAAAUAAAAAUUUCGCUUUAGAAGUAGAAAUAUGUAUUCUUAAAAAAUUAAAUUAUGAUUUAUCAAUCCCAACACCAUAUAGUUUAUUAGAUAGUUUAUUAAAAGCAAAUGAAAAUCUUAAUUUUUUAAAAACACGUAAUGAUUAUAAUUCAACAGAAGGAGAAAUAUUAUUAAGAAUAGCAAGUAUAGAUAAUACAUUCUUAAAAUAUAAAUCUUCAACGUUAUCAAUGGCUAUAUAUGAAAUACUUAACUUUAAUAUAUGUAAAGAUAAAAUGCAAAAGGAACUUUUUAUUUUUUCACAAUAUAAAAAUUAUUAUGAUCUAAAUACUAAUAUGGAUUAUACUCCUCAAAAUGAAAUAAAAAAUAAAAAUCAAUAUAUUCCUCACAAUCAAAAUGGAAAUGAUUUUUUUAAUAACAGAAGGAAUAUAUAUUCUGAACAGAAAUAUUAUGAUGACAUACAUGAUAAUAAAAAUAAGAAUAGUGGUGAUAAUAAUAAAAAUAGUGGUGAUAAUAAAAAAUUUGGUGAUAAUAAUAAUAAAAAUAGUGGUGAUAAUAAUAAAAAUAGUGGUGAUAAUAAUAAAAAUAGUGGUGAUAAUAAUAAUAAUAAUAAUAAUAAUUGUGGUGAUAAUGACAGAAUAAAACAAAUACAAAAUAAAUAUUCCUCUUCAGGCAUUUUAGAAAGUGAAAGAAAAGAAAAAGAAAAAAAAAAUGAAUUAAAAAUAUUAAAAAGACAAGCAAGAAGUCUAGUUAUUGCUGAAGAAGAAGAUCGAUUUAUAACAGCAUCUAAAUAUAUAAAUGAAAAAAAUAAAAUCUUUAAAUUAAUAAAAAAUAUUAUCAUAUAUCUAUGUUCACUUAUAAAAAAAAAAAUUCCAAAAUCUUAUUAUAAAUGUGAUUAUGAUUUUAGUGAUAAAUUGAAUAAUUAUAUAAAGCGAUUUCAAAAAGGAAAACAAAAUUAUAUAAAUAAAAUAGCUCAUCAAAGCAAAGAUAAUAAUAAUAAUAAUAAAAAAAAUAAUUAUAGUAAUAAUAAUAAUAAAAAUAAUUAUAGUAAUAAUAAUAAUAAUGAUUAUAAUAAAUACAUCAUUAAGAAUGAAUGUAAGGAGGAUAAUACCUAUUGUAAUAAAAAAAAAAGAAAAUUUCAACACAUUCAUUCAUCCAUGGACACAAAUUAUACAACAGAUAUUAAACAAAAUAAUAUGAAUACAAAAAAAAACACACUAAAAAUAGAAAAGAACAACAUAAAUGAAAAUAAUAAAACUAGUUAUCGCAAUAAUAAAAAGAUAAAUACAAAUAAAGAAGAAUUUUCACACAAACAAGAAAAAAACAUAAAAAUUAUAAAACAAGUAGACACAAAUAAAAUUAUUCAAAAAAAUUUAGAUAACACAUUCAAAAAAAAUAAUAAUAAAUUAAAUAAGAAACCAGAACAGAAUGAUAAAGUAUUUUAUGAAACCAAAAAGAAAAUUUUUAAACGUUUCAAAAAAUAUAUGAAGAAAUUAAUCAAAACGAAAUAUGACGAUAUACCAAUAAAAUAUUGUACAUCUUAUAUAUUACAAGGAAAACAAUUAAAGAUAUAUAUAAAAAAAAAAGAUCAUCAUGAUAUUCAUAUGAAGAGUAAUAAUAUAAAUAAUAUAAAUAAUAUAAAUAAUAAUCACAAUAAUAAUCAUAAUAAUAAUCAUAAUAAUAAUAAUCCCUGUUGUAUCAAUAAAAUGGAUACACAAAAUAAAACAAAAAAUAAUUAUAUCAUAGGUUCAAGAACUAAAUCCACAGAUGAACAUCUUAUUUAUUAUUAUAAUUAUAUCAGUAAAUUAAGAAAUAGACUAAUUAAAGGAUUGAAAUAUUUCCUAUUAAGAGUUAAUAAAAUAAAGAAAAAAAAAGUGUGCUUACAUAUUAUCAACUUGAAUUAUUUAAUCAAUAAACAAAAAAAAAACAAAAAAAAAAAUAUCAAGAAAAAAAAAACACUAGUCAAAAAUAUGUCUUUCUAUAAACAACUCAUUAAAGAAAUAAAAAUUUUAUUUCUAUGGAUAUAUAAAUUAACAAAUAUUGAAAUCAGACCACUCAUACAUUUUAAGGAUUUAAAACAUAUCACAGUUAUAAAAAAAUAUGAAAAAAAUUAUUCACACUAUAUUAUGAACAAGUUUAAUAACUCACACAAUCCAAAAAAUCAUUUAUAUAAUAUAAAAAAUAAUAAUAAUAAUCAUGAGAAUCCUACUGUUGGGAAUCAAUCGAAUGAACAAGAAAAAACAAUAAAACAUGUCAGAAAAAAAAAGAAAGUGAAAAAAAAUGUGAUAAAAAAUGUGGAAAAAAGUGUGAAAAAAAAUGUAAAAAAUAAUUGCAAGAAAAAAAAUUCCAAAAAAUGUUCAGAUGUUAUUACUUUAAAUACAUCAAAAGAUAAAGAACCUUUUAAAAAGGAUAUGAAAAAUAUAAAAAAAAAAGGAAGAACCAAAAUGAAUGAAGAAUAUAUAGAAGAAGUAAUUAAAUGUAUUUCAUGGGAUGAUAAAACAUUCUAUCCUUUUGUGAGACACAACACUUUAAUUAAUACAUAUCAAAAGAGUUGUGAAAAAAAAGAAGGAGAAAAAAGUCAUUCGGUAUAUGAAAAUAAAGAUAAUAAGAAAGACUUAAUGCAGGGGGAAGGCGAAAAAAAUGGGGGUAAUAAAAAUAAGGCAAUUUUUUUUGAACAACAUAAGAGUAGAAGCAACAAUAAAAAUAUAGACAAUAUACCUGAUACAGAUGAGAUAGUAAAUAAAAAAAUAAAUAAUAUAAAUAAUAUGGAAAAGACGAAAGGAGAAGAAAAUAAAAGUACAUAUGAAAGUAUAGAUGGAUAUACAUCUCAAUAUGAAAAUUUAUAUACAAAUAAUAUAAAUCCUAAUAAAUAUAAGAACGAGUGUAAUUAUCAAUGUAAUUAUGAAUGUAAUUAUGAAUGUAAUUAUGAAUAUAAUAAUGAUAAUUAUUCUAUAAGGAAAAAAGAAUAUGAAUCAUCCUUAGAAAAAAUGAAAAACACUUUUGAUGAUGAUACUCUUCAGAAUAAUACUCCUGUUCUUUCAGCAUCUGAUUUAAAAAAAAAUAUAGAUAAAAUAAAAAAUACAGAUUGGAUUACUAUAAAUGACCCACAAGUAGAUGAAUGUGCUAAAGAAUUAAUGGAAUGUUUUUUAAAGUGGAAAAAUAAAAAUUAUAUUUCUAAAAAUUGGACAUUUAAUGAGUAUCCUAAUUGUAAAGAUUAUUAUUUCUCAUUAGUAUUUGGAGAUUUAAAAUCAUCUGAAACACUUAAAGGAAUAAUAGAAAUGAUACAUAUGAAAUAUAAUCAUCUGUUAAAUAUAUAUAAAGAAAUUAAUACACAGAAUUAUAUAUUAUAG